UUGGGUGUAACUGGGGCGCCGUCUCCCAUCGCCGCGCGCGCCUCGAGAACCGGAGCCUCGAGUGAGGACCACACUGGGGAAUUGGGGGCGGCUUUAGUUCUCCCUCAGCAUUUUCCGUCAGAGACCAUGCAAGAGGCCCUGUGCUGUUGCCUUCCUUUAGUGUCUCAAACGGAACCUUCCCGACCCUCCCCGAAGCGUCCAGCCUCCCCCUCCAGCACAACGGUGCUGGCCACCUCAGAGGUCUGUGGGAUCCGAGGUCGUGUCAUUCACCGGGCUUUCCCGGCUGAUUCGUGGACAGUAGAUUCUACAUUAUUUUUCUGGACAUUUGGAUAUCAGUUUAUUCAGCUUAAAACAUGUGACCUUGUCGCCAAAAUCAUCCAUUCUUACCUGGUCUUGAAGGACUGACAAGCCACGAUUUAGACGUCCAUAUUUCUUUAAAAUCACAAAUGAAAACACCUUUUAAAAAUCAGAAUUCCCUAGUCAGUUAUGUUGGUGACUGACCAGCACUUGCGUUUGGUGGGAAAGUUUUGGAAGAAGCUUUAAGUAGCUUCUUGGGCCCCUGGUUUUACCGUGGAGAAGGCGCAGGCCGCUCUCGGGACUGGAUCUGGACCGGACGUGCCGCCUCCCCAUCCACCUGCCUGGCCGCACGCUGCCGGCGUGGCUCCCUGUGGCCCGAGGAGCGUUCCUUGCAGAUGAAAUGGCAGAUCACAGCGCUGCCUACACAUCCAGACAUUCGCCCCACCAGCCCAUCCCAUUUUCAGUCAAGAAAUGCUGAGUAUAAAGAUGAUCAGUUGCCUGGCUCCACCGGUGCGUGGGAGCAAACCCAGCUACAGCGACGGGAAUGGAAGGCACUCAUUUUCCACCGAAGCCAGGUUUUCCCACGGCCUCCUGAAGAAGGAUGAAGUCAGGUUUUCAAUGUUUUCCCAGGUAGACUUGCAGUGGUUUCACAGAAGUAUAAUGUUAUAAACUCUAACGAAAAGCUCUCCCCUUGGAUUGCUUUUUAUCAACUAGUCACCCUCUGGAAGAGGCCUUUAGUUUUUGAAAGGUGUUUGGAGUCCGGCCUUACCCAGCGCUGCUGGUUCCCAGCUGCUGGGAUGUACCCACAGCACCUCCAGGUCCCAGCAACCGGUCGGUCCUCCCCGAUUUCUUUUCACUCCGGCAGCCCAGGGGCGUGCAGCCUGGCUCUACCGAGGAAGACUUGCAAGGGAGUGGGGCCGGCCAGCAGAAACAGUGGGCUGCACAACAUCACCUUCAGAUAUGACAACUGUACCACAUACUUGAAUCCAGUGGGGAAGCACGUGAUUGCCGAUGCCCAGAACAUCACCAUCAGCCAGUACGCCUGCCACGACCAAGUGGCAGUCACCAUUCUUUGGUCCCCAGGGGCCCUUGGCAUCGAAUUCCUGAAAGGAUUUCGGGUAAUCCUGGAGGAGCUGAAGUCGGAGGGCAGACAGUGCCAGCAACUGAUUCUCAAGGACCCGAAGCAGCUCAACAGUAGCUUCAAAAGAACUGGAAUGGAGUCUCAACCUUUCCUGAAUAUGAAGUUUGAGACGGAUUACUUUGUAAAGAUUGUCCCUUUUCCUUCCAUUAAAAAUGAAAGCAAUUAUCACCCUUUCUUUUUCAGAACCCGAGCCUGUGACCUGUUGUUACAGCCGGACAACCUGGCCUGCAAACCCUUCUGGAAGCCUCGGAACCUGAAUAUCACCCAGCACGGUUCGGAUAUGCAGGUGACCUUCAACCACGCGCCACACACCUUUGGCUUCCGUUUCUUCUCUCUUCAUUACAAACUCAAGCAUGAGGGACCCUUCAAGCGAAAGACCUGUAAACAGGAGCAAAAUACAGAGACAACCAGUUGCCUCCUUCAAAAUGUAUCUCCAGGUGAUUAUAUAAUUGAGCUGGUGGAUGACACUAAUACAACAAGAAAAGUGGUGCAUUAUGCUUUAAAGCCAGUGCAUUCCCCGUGGGCUGGGCCCAUCAGGGCUGUUGCCAUUACUGUGCCGCUGGUCGUCAUAUCGGCAUUCGCAACGCUCUUCACUGUGAUGUGCCGCAAGAAGCAACAAGAAAAUAUAUAUUCACAUUUAGAUGAAGAGAGUUCUGAGUCCUCCACCUACACCACGGCACUCCCCAGAGAGAGGUUGCGGCCGCGGCCGAAGGUCUUCCUCUGCUAUUCCAGUAAAGAUGGCCAGAAUCACAUGAACGUUGUCCAGUGUUUCGCCUACUUCCUCCAGGACUUCUGUGGCUGCGAGGUGGCUCUGGACCUGUGGGAAGACUUCAGCCUCUGCCGAGAAGGGCAGAGAGAAUGGGUCAUCCAGAAGAUCCACGAGUCCCAGUUCAUCAUCGUGGUCUGUUCCAAAGGCAUGAAGUACUUCGUGGACAAGAAGAACUACAAGCACAGAGGCGGCGGCCGCGGCUCGGGGAAAGGGGAGCUCUUCCUGGUGGCCGUGGCCGCCAUCGCCGAAAAGCUCCGCCAGGCCAAGCAGAGCUCCUCGGCGGCGCUCAGCAAGUUCAUCGCCGUCUACUUCGACUAUUCCUGCGAGGGAGACGUUCCUGGCGUCCUGGAACUGAGCACCAAGUACAAGCUCAUGGACCACCUGCCCCAGCUCUGCUCCCACCUGCACUCGCGAGCCCACGGCCUUCCGCGAGACCACGGAUUCCCGCGAGACCAUGGCCUCCCGGAGCUCGGACACGUCAGCAGGAGGAACUACUUCCGGAGCAAGGCGGGCCGGUCCCUGUACGUGGCCAUCUGCAACAUGCACCAGUUCAUCGACGAGGAGCCCGACUGGUUUGAGAAGCAGUUGGUGCCCUCGCAGCCUCCCCCGCUCCGCUGCCAGGAGCCAGUCCUGGAGAAGUUCGACUCGGGCCUGGUGCUGAAUGACGUCAUGUGCAAACUGGGUCCCGAAAGUGACCUCAAGGCUGAGGUACCGCCCCCCGGAUCACCAGAGGGGCAGCAGAUGGGCCCCGACGAGGCCGCGGAGGCCAUGGGCGCCCCGGUCCUGCAGCCCCUGCUGCGCGCCGGGAAGGCCGUGGGCGCCUCGGGCAUGCCGCGGGACUCGGGUAUCUACGACUCCUCCGUGCCCUCCUCCGAGCUGUCUCUGCCCCUCAUGGAAGGGCUCUCGGCGGACCAAACGGAAACGUCCUCGCUGACCGAGAGCGUGUCGUCCUCCUCGGGCCUGGGUGAGGAGGACCCUCCUGCCCUUCCGUCCAAGCUCUUCGCCUCGGGGGUGUAUAAAGCAGAACCCGGUUGCUGCAGCUACACUGGUGAACUCCACGCAGUCGCCCCUUUGUAACAAAGCGGAGGAGUCUAAGCAUUGCCACUUUAGCUGCCGCCGCUCUCUGGUUCCCCAGCUCAUCUCUCUGGUUGUGUAGCCCACUCGGAGCUGAGGAUGGUUGGAGUGGAAUUUGUGCCAGUACUUGUUCUCCUUGCCCUUCUCCUCUAACAGAUACCUUGGCAAAGUCUCCAAUUUUCUAAAACCACAUGGAGCUCGGAAAGGCAUGUCCAUAAGAUCUGACAACAGCUGGCCAUGGUAGGUCAGACCUUGGGUUAGAGCCAGUCCUGGGAGGUAGAGAGGAAACAUAUAAAAAGAAACAGGAAAAUACCUGCACUGAUCGUUCAGACUUAAUUUAUCUCUGCAGACUUUGCCUAUUCAUUGUUGGCUACUUUGAUUUGAAAUGCUUUGUAGAAAAAGCACUUUUAAUACCUUCACAACCACAGAAAUCAAGUGUCAGUCUCUCUGGAACCCAUGUCAUUAGAGAUGAUACUCCUGUCCACUUUAGGUGUGGAACUUGUGAUGCCAUGGUUGUUUAAAAGGUCACGAAGGUGACUGAAUAUAUAAUCACCUUUUAUAAAAUGAGUCUUCAUGUAUUUGUGGGUGGCAUGGCUGGCUGAGGUGGGGGCUGCAGGGCCAGGAUGACUGUCUUUUGUCUGAGAUGGGCUGGUCAACAUGCAAAGGCACCCGAGCUCAGCUCCCAGGACCACCUCUGGGUCUCAUGCGAGGGCCCGAUCUGCCUGUCCAGCUUUCCUGGGCUACAUUUACUGCGCUGUAUCUCAGAUGGUGGUGCCUGGAAUUUUAUUUUCGAGAGACCGAUACACAACUGGACUCUAGUACUGGAAGUUGAGGUUCAUGCAUCAUUUGGCUUCUGGUCUAAAAAACUGUGUCCAGAAUAUUCGGGGUCAGAAUCCACUGAAAUACAGCAGUGUGUGGAGGUGGUGGCCAGUUAAUCUGCUGAACUGGUUUUGACUAAUGACAGACCUCUUUUUAAGAAGGUGAAAAGGAGGGGACUAUUCCAAAGAUGAAUGUGCUCUUCAAAUAUUGUCUAAAGAAGACAUGGGACCUGAAAUCAUUAAGUUCUUGAAUCUGAAAGUGUUCUCCCCACAACCCAGCCUGUGACUCAUGUUUCAUUUUGUGUUUCUUUUGUACUCACCCAAUGAAAGAUUUAUCUCUCGUGCUCCUUCCUACCGAAAACAGCUAUUUGGAGCUUAGAAGGAAAUAAUUUU